AUGUCGACAACGCGGUUGCCCUGCGUCCCUUCAAUUAGGAGGCAGCAGCUACAUCUGGAGUUCGCGAGCUUGCGGAAUGCGGCACCACCAGGGGUCUACGUGAGCCUGGCACCGGGCGACCCCACGCUCUGGAGCGGUGUCAUCUUCGUUCGCUCCGGCCCCUAUGCCUCCGCCAUUGUCCGCUUCCAGAUCCGCUUCCCCGACGUCUACCCCGACCUCCCACCGCUUGUCACCUUCACAACCGAUGUUUUCCACCCAUUGAUCGUGCCCCUUACCACAUACACAUUCAGCACCAACUCAACAAGCGACGACCCGGUCAGCGCGACUGACGAGGAACGACUGCCACCUGGUGGGUUCAGCCUCCGCCAUGGAUUUCCCCACUGGUUUGGCAGGGCCAAGCGACGAAGCGGUGUCGCGUCCGGAAAGUCGUCUCGGAACGUGAGUGGUCCCAGCACUGGCACUGCAUCUGUUGGUGCAGGAAAAGCACCGAGUGGCCCCGCGACAGAGGGCAAUGCGUCCGAGGGACGGAGUUCCGGGGUCGACUCCCCGAGCAACCCACAUGACGAGGACAGAGGAUCCAACGAUGAGCCUUCUCGUAUGGCCCAAGUACCGUCCGUGGAUCAAUUCACCGAACCGAAAAAGUUUGUGCCUGUCGCCGAGUUAUUGGAUUAUAUUCGAUCGACCUUCGACGACGAGGAAGUUUUGGACUCCUUGCCAUCCGAGGCCGCGGGGAAUCCUGGGGCGUGGCACGCGUGGAAAGCGCACCGUCGAGGUGGCGCUGGGCCGGGAGACCUGAAACGGGGAAGCCCACAAGCUCGACUCCCUGGUGACUGGCACUGGGAUGGCAUCUGGGCGCGUCGGGUACAGGACGAGAUCGCGGCCAGCCAUUCCGAUCCGAUGUUGUUUGGAAGUUCUGCUCGUGGGAGCGGCGAUGAUAUGAUUCGCUUUUCCCGUUUGGACGAUGCAACCUUGAGCUCGGUGAAGGAGACGAUGGCGUCGGUGGUGAACGUACAUAAACAGUGA